GACCAAAAACGAGGCGGUCUUUGUUCACUCCUUGGCGCACGCGGUCGACGACGCCGCCGUCUGCAACUAAAUCACGACCUUCAUUGCAUAUCUCCGGUGACUGAAAACCGUCGAGACUAGAGCUCGUAGCUAGUUCUGUUCGUUGUGUUUUGAUGAAAUUGGAGAUCGAUGGCAAGCCAUUCAGGUAGGGGAGCCCCUUCAAAUGGUACUAUAUAUGUUUCUAAUCUGCCUCCUGGAACAGAUGAAACUAUGAUGGCCGAAUAUUUUGGAACCAUUGGGUUGCUAAAGAAAGAUAAGCGAACUGGUCGGCCAAAGAUAUGGCUAUAUCGAGAUAAAGAAACAAAUGAACCAAAGGGAGAUGCUACGGUUACGUAUGAGGACCCACAUGCUGCUUCGGCUGCAGUUGACUGGUUUAACAACAAGGACUUUCAUGGUAGUACAAUUGAAGUUGCUAUAGCAGAGUCCAAGAGCAGUUAUGCAGCGGGAGAUCCAAAUGUUACUGGAGAUUUAGGCGGAUUGGAGGAAAAUUCUGGGGAUGUUAAUGGAGCUGCUGGAAGAGGUAGAGGCCGGGGAGAUGCUUCAGGGAAAGCAUGGCAGCAGGAAGGAGACUGGUUAUGUUCGAAUACAAGUUGUUCCAAUGUCAACUUUGCCUUUCGUGGCGUCUGUAACCGUUGUGGAACUCCCCGACCUACUGGCGCAUCUGGCAGUGGUGGAGGGGCUGGUGGCCGUGGGAGGGGUCGUGGUGCCCCUGACGCCCAGAAUCCUAGCCGGGCAGUUGGUGCUUCUAGUGGACUUUUUGGUCCCAAUGAUUGGCCUUGUCCUAUGUGUGGCAACAUCAAUUGGGCAAAGCGUACCAAGUGCAAUAUCUGCAACACCAAUAAACCUGGUCACAAUGAGGGUGGUGUGAGAGGAGGACGUGGUGGUGGUUAUAAAGAACUUGAUGAAGAAGAGAUAGAGGAAACUAGGCGACGUCGAAGGGAGGCUGAAGAGGAUGAUGGUGAGAUGUAUGAUGAGUUUGGAAAUCUCAAGAAGAAGUUUCGUGCCAAAACACAACAAGCUGAAGCUGGAAAAGCAGGUUCUGGGCGUGCUGGAUGGGAGGUUGAAGAACUUGGUGUGAUUGACAGAGAUGGAAUAGAGAAAAGCAGGGAAAGGGGAAGGGAACGGGAUGAUAGAGAAAGCAGCAGGAACAGAGGACGGGAUGAUAGAGAAAGGCGCCGGAGUCGAAGCAGGGAGAGGGACAGGGGAAAGGAUCGAGAUCGUGAUUAUGAUUAUGGUCGAGAUAGAGAUUAUGGACGGGAGAGGGACCGGGAUAGAGAUCGAAGCAGGUACCGUUACUGAGUAUGGAUGAAGCAAUUGCAAGUCCGUCGACCAACAUGCUUGAUUCAUUCUCUUUGAUUGCGAGGGUGCCAUAUGAAAGUUGAGCUGGCAUUAUUAUUGUGCUUGAAUACCAAGACUGCCUUCUUUUACUCUAGACUACUGGGAUUAGAUGAGUUUUUGGGAAUGUAUGAUCCUUGUCAUCAUUGCACAGUUCUUUUGUGAUAGUUAUUUUGGUCGUUCAGACUGCGAAAUACAAACCAUUUUUCCAACUUAAUUGUUAUCUCAUCAGAUUUCAAAUCUGAAUGUAUGUUUAUGUGAUUUCUUUCAAAUCGUGCUCGUUAUAAAAAUUUAAUACAUUU